AUGACGGUUUUUGUGAUGUGGUGCAUGGUUCCCAGCCUGGUAUUCCUGGUUGAUGUCUAUGCUGCGGAUAAACAACCGCAAUGUGAAGCUCAUGAAUAUCGCCGGAUCAAAUUGUUCAAAGAUCACAUUGCCAAAGACCCGCCUAUAUGGGAAAGAGAGGAAUUCUUUGCUGCCAAAUGCGCGAAGCUGUGCUCAAACGACGAGCACUGCGUGUCCUUCUUCCACAACGAGUUUACUGGAUCAUGUCAAGCACAUGCUUUCGCAUACAUGAAUCCGAACAGGUUGACCCGAAACGAUGGAUUCCAGUACUUCAGGUUCUACCCAUGGGGAUUUCGUUUAGCCAACUGCGCAGAAAUCGGAGCCUACUACAACUAUGAACCAUCACAUAACGGAAUCUACACUAUCAGCCAUCCGCAAGGACCAUUUCAGGUCUUCUGUACCUUUCCUCACGACACCAGCAACCACGCUUGGACGGUGAUUCAAAACCGGUACGGUGGGUCGGAAGGAUUCGAUCGCACCUGGGACGAGUACAAAGAAGGAUUCGGCGACCUUAAGAGGGAGUUCUGGUUAG